AUGGCGGUUACCGUCCUACCUGCCAGCUCUAUGACUGAAUCCGUCAAGCUGGCGGUCCGAUCAACAACAACAUGCUCCGAUGCCACUGUGUUGUCCCUCCAAACCCUCCUACGCGCAACCUCGAAAUCCCCCGAAAAGCCCGCGCGGAGAUCGACAAAAUCUUCAAAGGAGGCUACUACCGCUUCUAGUCGUGCUAAAGCCUCCCGGACCAAAGCGAAGCCCGCGACCGACGCGCUACACUCGAUUGUCGAUCAGGAUGGUUCUGCAUUGACGCCCCAGGAGAAGCUGGUUCUCUCGACCGAAGUGUUCAACACCACACUCAAGACCCUCACAGACGCGUUGAAGGUUCCAGUCGCAAACCGGCAGACACAGAUUCCGGACAAUAUUUCGACCAAGUCAGGAAGGUCGGGCGUUGCUGGAGUCGACGCGGGUGUCUACGCAGCUGCCGAGUGUGCGAGACUGGCCCUGGCAACAUUACGAGCUCUCAAAGUCGACAACUCAAAUGGAGAGUAUCUCAAUAUGCAGCUUGAGCAAGGAGUAUGCGUGUUGGCGGGGAAGUUGAUUUCUUUGGGAUUGAACGACAUGGCCUGCAAGGAAUUACGAUCUCUCAAGCGAAGAAUACAACAGCAUCUGGAUACAAAGAAGAUGGGAAAGAAAGCUAUGGAUCUGAGUGCGACAUUAGAGGAAGAGACAGGGAGAGAACGAAUGUCCGACCUGGUCACAUUUACGAAUAUCGCCAACGCACAAUCCGUAUACGGCCUCCUCGUUUCUUUCCACUCGAAUGCGAUGCGUCUGCUUGCCUCCGACCGAAAAGCCUCGACUGUUCAGAAAUUGUGUCCUCUGCUGCAAUUAUCUGAUCUCAGCAGCCCUGCUCAGGUCAUUAAUGCAGCGUUCAAAUCUGGAAGCUUACCCGCCGAAAAAGCCGCUCUUCAACUCCAGCUGCUUUCGACUACCGUACUCUCUCUGUGCUCCGGAAGGUCAAACUCAAACGACGGCUCACCGACAAGUCUGAAGCCAAUCACGAACCUGACUCUGCAACUAUUGUCCCUGGAGAUUCGUUCCUUGGGAUGGAAGAUCUCCGGGCAUGUCUGUGACGAAAGCAAAGAGGUGUUCGACCCGCUUCUUCGAUACCUCGGAAGUUUCUCCCAUCGCAGUAAAGGGAUUGAGAAGACCGAAUUUGCCACAGUCUAUAAAACAAUCACCAGAGUCCAGUCAUCAGUGUCGGAGAUCAAAAAGAAGCCUCAAGAUGCCAAGGAUGCGACUUCAGCUGCCAGGAUUAUGACCAUUCUUGGCCAACUCGCUUUGGACGCCGGGUGCUUUGAGGAAUCCUUGAAGCUCUUCGGCCAGACUAUCGCCCCGUUUACCAGCGCACAAAGUCUUUCGUUGGCCACAGUUCAGUGUAAGAGUGCUUCAGUUUACUUUCAGGCAUUGAAAAGCUCGAAGAAUUUCUUGGAUGGAGCAUUGAAGUCUACUUCGGAAGCAACCGAGGCUUUGGGCUUGCACCUCAGAGGAAACGCAUCGGAUCUGGAUGAGCUUCUCGUGGAGGCUGCUAGGCUGAAAAAAUUUGCACUUGCUUGGUUUGGUGAUGCAAUGAUGAAGGCCAGUGAUAGCGACAGCAAGAAAAACGAAAUCGCCUCUCAAAUCCGGGAGUACCUCCAAGCUUUCCUUCGCUUCCUCAGGCGGUACAUUGGACAGCCACCAACAGAGGACAGUGACGUGAAGGAGAUUGAGAUGUUCAAAAUGAGAGUCUCUAUGUCCAAAAGCAUCAUAUUUGCUGCAGUCGAUUCUGCCGUUGCUGUUGGAAAACUAUCGAUCACUUCUCGAAGACCACCUUGGGAUGAUGUGCUCCCCAUUCUGGCCGAUUGCCAUCGUCUUCUCGCCAGUAUUGAAAGCAACGACGAAAAUUGCCCUGAUACCGCGCUGAAUGAGAGCAUUGGCAUGGGUCUUGUCAAACUCUCCAACGUUUUCUGGUCUCGCUAUAUUAAAGAGAAGGAGGCUGGGCAAACAUACCGUGAACUCAUUCCUCUUCUUAAGCAAUCCACCCAGAUGAUUUCGGGCUGCUCAUCACCCCUCCGAACCACGGCGUUUGCCGCUCUCAAGUAUGAGAGAAUCGCUCACCUUUACUUAGACGGCAGUCUAUACGGCGACUCAGAGAAGGCUUUUCGACAAUCAAUUGCAGAGUACAUCGAUUCUGGAACCUUGGAACAAAUCGUCGAGAGCAACUUGGGAGCCCAACCUGGCGCGGUCAGCCAGGACCCUCAAAGUCCUGGUUUCAUGCUCAAUCGGGUUCUCUCUACUCUUCUGAAGAUCAAGCUGCGCAGGAAAGGAUCAAAGUCUCAGUCCAUCUAUGAAGAUGCUGAGCUAGAUGCUGAGCGACAGGGAAUACUUGUUGAGUGGCAAAUGUGCCUUCUGUUUGAUAUGCAUGGACAAUGCCCCAGUGAAGAUGACUUCCGUUCAAUUCUCAGUCCAGUCGUGACCACCCUUCUCGACAUGUUUUCUUUGGAAUCUCAUCCAAUCCGCCAUGGUCGCGUGACCCUCGCUGCUCUUCGUUUCUUGUUAGAGCACCCGGCUGCUCUCGACUCCGCCCUGACCGAACGACUCAUGAAAGAAGGAUCACAGGCGCUGGAGUGCGAAAACGGCUUUGGAGAAGACGGUGACUUGGCUUCAUUCGCAACCCAUAUCACGAACUCAUUACGCGUCAUCAUUGGUUUCCACCUAGGCAAGAUCGACGCAAACAAUCUGGAUGGAACGCUUGCUUCGUGGACCUCGAUGACUCGCCAUGGCUCUGACUGGAAGACUUUACUUCUUCACGUCCAUGAUACGGACUACUGGGUUCUCCAGCUCAAAGCCUUGGUCGACUACACUGAGAUCCACGGGCUAUGGAAGGCUCAACUUGCUACCUUGGAGCUGAUCUUACGCGUCGCUGAACUUCAGGAAUCCGGAGACAUCUCAGAUGCGAUCAUCAUUCUCUCUCGUUUGGUCUUGCAGAAUUGCCGACUUGGACACUGUCAGAAGGCGGGCAAUCUUCUUUCUCGUGGUGAACAAUAUCUUGCCCAGAACAAGGUAUCUUCUCUAGCAACUCUUUCUUACAAGCUUGCACGGGUGGAAUAUCUCCUCGAAACAGGACAGGUUGACAAAGCUGCUUCUCUUUUGAAUACUGCCAGAACUCUCUAUGAGAAAUGCCACAAAUCGGAUGAGCUGACGAACUUGUCGAUCUUGUCCAAGAUCUCAUGGGAGAGACUUGUUGCCGACGCCGCUUUUGCCCAGUCCCGGCUAUCAACAGCGCAGGGAUCAAUGACUCAGGCUCUGUUUUUCGCUAAGUUAUCUGUUCGACUCAACUGCCGCAUCUGGGCCAAGGUCGAGAAGUUGGCACAGAAGAAGCAGGACAAGACUUUGCCUGCCACUCAUAGCUCCGACAUUGAUGCUGUCGCCGAAGGCGUAGCGAAGCUCGAUCUGUCUCAGAAUGGAUCUUCACCAGAUGUUCCAGCGAGCUACAUCCAAGGCGCGCCAUUUUGGCCACACCUUGGCUCCCAUCAUACCUGCUUGUUGAACCUCGCAACAUUAUCUGCCCACCAUGGUCUUUUCCAGGAUGCUAUCUACUACGGAGAACAGGCUUUGAAAAUUGACAAGACACUCGAUGCCAAUGUUCGUCUCGUCGCUGCUCAAACUCAGCUUGGCUGUUAUUGGAUCCUCGGCGGCCAUGUGGAUGAAGGUCAGGGACUCCUCGCAUCGGCUUCGGAAUCGUCCAAGCAGAUCCAGACAAGCGUUGAGACGGUUUCUCUUCAUAUGGCCCUUGCCUCCCUGUACAAGGUACAGGGCGAGCAUGAGAAGGCAUUGUGCUUGCUCCAGGAAGCAGACAAAGUCAUCACGGCUGUCACUUCAUCCGACGCAACUAGCAGCACAGCAGCACCAGAUAUCACAGCUCUUGAAGAAGGAAUGGAGAAGCUGCGAGUGAGAACCACUCGGCGCACGCCCUCGACAUCGUCAGCUACCACUACUGUUCGACGCACUCGUGCGAGUAGCUAUGCAGCUGCCACCGCCACCGCUACUACCACCAAAAAGGCUUCAGCAUCCAAGAUCCAAGUGCCUGAGGUUCAAUCAAAGUCUCUUCUGCGAUUGAAGGGCGACGUCCUUCGGCAACAAGCAGACUGCCUGCGGUCGCUGCGUGAUUUCGAGCGAUCCGCACAAACUCUUGCGGAAGCUCGACAGUAUGCAACUGGCCGGGAAAGCAAGGUCUCCCUUGAAAUCGGGGAGAGUGGGCACCUCCUGGCUGAUGCUAUUCGUAAUUUUGCCAGCCAUGCCGUGUACUGCGUGCUCCCAGAAUCCACCAUCUCGCUCCCUUCCCUCAUGUCACCCGCCGCGGGAGGAGAAGACACGAACACACCUGCCGCGAAGCCAACGAGGAAGACCAAGGCCACGGCCCGAGGACCUCGUGCGAAGGUUCAAAAGGCCAGCGAGGAUUUCUCAAUCAUGCUUUCAAAAGCGAGUGAGCGUCUUACCAGUGUCUUUGCAGAUGCCACUGUUCUUGGCUCGACGCUUGAAAGUCAUGCUGCAUCCCGUCUGAUGAGUCGUAUAUCUAUGCUCUCCCAUGCGACUUCCCCAGGAGGUCCCUCAACCUGGGCGCAGUCGCCUGCGAACAUGAAUGAAAUCGGCCGUGUCAGUGCAUUUGCCCGCGAACGUAUGGCUAUCGAUUUCGACCGAAAACUAGCCGACUUCUCCGACCCGCUUCUUUGGCCAACCGAGUCGCCUUCGACGAUGGAGAUGACCGAAAAAGUCUGCUUGAACUUCACCGAGAACUACGUCGAUAUCCUGCCUGAGAAUUGGAAUGUUCUUUCAUUAUCACUGAGUGCGGAUCAGACCGAGUUUGUAGUCUCCCGGCUUCAGAAGAAUCGCUCGCCGUUCCUUCUACGACUUCCACUUCGGAGGGGCACUUCUGACGAUGACGAAGAAGAGCAGUUUACCUUCGAAGACGGAAAGGAUGAAAUGCAAGAGCUUAUCAAGCUGGCAAACCAGAGUGCGCAUGCUGCAAAAGCCCAGACUGAUAAGCAGUCGAAAAAGGAGUGGUGGAAGAACCGUGAGGCCCUUGAUCAGCAAAUGGAAAGCCUUCUGCAGAACAUUGAGAAUGUCUGGUUUGGAGGCUUUAGGGGUGUUUUCUCGCCGCUUUCACGGGAUAGCUCAGCCCUCGCUAAGUUUUCGAGUGCCUUCCAAAGUAUUCUUGACAAACAUCUUCCCUCUCGACAAAAGGGCGGAAAGGCCUCUUCGCCUCGUCUUACGCUUCACCAGAAUGUUGUGGAGUUGUUUAUUGGAUUGCGAGAUCUCGAGCAGCAGGAGGAGCCCGAAGACACGCUGAUGGAUCUUCUAUACUUUGUGGUCGACAUCCUCCAAUUCCAGGGUGAGCGCAAUGCUUACGACGAGAUCGAUUUUGAUAUGAUGGUUGUCGACACUCUCGACGCAUUGCGAGGCUACCACGAAGCCGCGCGAGAUGAGCUCGCGUCUCGACCACCCAGCCAUACCGUCUUGGUCCUGGACAAGGCCCUCCACUUAUUCCCAUGGGAAUCUCUUCCCUGCCUCCACGGAUUCCCUGUCUGCCGCGUCCCCUCUUUGGAAUGUCUCCGCGACCGAGUCCUCCAGUUCCGGGGCUCUCGCUCUGGCGCAGUCCUAGAUCGUACCUCAGGCGCCUUCAUCCUCAACCCAACCGGCGAUUUGCGCACCACACAAGCGACCUUCGAAGGGAACCUCUCAGCGCAGAAAUCCUGGACUGGUAUAAUCAAGCGCGAGCCAACAGAAGACGAGUUCCGCACUUCCCUCGAAACAAAGGAUCUAUUCCUAUACUUCGGCCAUGGCAGCGGCGCUCAGUAUAUCCGCGGUCGGACUGUCAAGCGCAUGAACAAAUGUGCCGUCGCCUUCCUCAUGGGCUGCAGUAGCGGUACCUUGACCGAAGCAGGCGAGUACGAGCCCUACGGCACGCCUAUGAAUUACCUCCAUGCUGGCAGUCCGGCGCUUGUUGCUACAUUGUGGGAUGUCACUGAUAAAGACAUCGAUCGGUUCUGUACAUCCACCUUCGAUACGUGGGGGUUGCUUGGGAAGAAGGGAAAAUCUCGUUCGGCUGAUGUUGGUCUGGAUACUGCGAUUGCAGGUGCAAGGGAAACGUGCGUGUUGAAGUAUUUGAAUGGAGCUGCACCCGUCGUUUAUGGUGUUCCGGUGUUUUUGGAUUGA